AUGCGCGGAAAUUAUGAUGGAGGAAGCUACGUGACACAUUUUCUGGAUUCCCCAAUUACAUUGUAUUACACCAACCGUUUGGUGAAGCUUAUCCCUAAAUCAUGGCAUGGUAAACCUUGUAUGAGGUUCGAAUUAAUUGCUUGUGGUAAGUUAUAUAUUGUUAUUGCGCGUUGCAGUUGGUAUCGAGUUACUUAUACAUUUACCAUGGCUGUCAAAUCAAUGACUUUUUAAUGGGAUUUUCACUUGGAGGGGGAGGGGGGCAAUCUCGUUCCCCGAGCCUGCGAUCCUCGGGAAGGUACGCGAGGCUCUGGGAUAAGCCAGGAAUCCUGGCUAAGAUUGAACUGUGCAUUCCAUAUCAACGGCCAAUCAGAUUCCUCCCUGAAUAAUGACUUUAUUUACCCACGGUGCUAUUUCACAAUAAAGUUAAAAAUAUUUACAAAAUGAGAAGUGAUCUUCCAAUAGGCCGUGCACAUGCAUAUUUACAAAAAGUAUUACUUACUAAAUAUAUAUAUAUAUAUAUAUAUAUAUAUAUAUAUAUAUAUAUAUAUAUAUAUAUAUAUAUAUAUAUAUAUAUAUAUACCAAAUAUGUAUUUAGAAUCAUAUAUGAGUAGAGUGCUCGAUAUACCGAAGUAUAGAGCUAAUAAAGAUAAAGAUAAAAUAAACCUGGUUUACUUCAUAAGAUAUAUCUUAUGAACUAAACCAGGUUUAUUUUAUCUUUAUCUUUAUAGAGAGAGAGAGAGAGAGAGAGAGUUACAGUGUUUACUAUGAUUUUCUCAACUCACUCCUCGUAUGAUAUUACCGUUUUUUCAUAUCUUGCUUACUUCUACAAAUAUUUUGAUCGAAAGGAAUGAAAUGUCUGCCAUCUUCAUUUUUUGUAGAUAUGCACGUCACGUCACCCAGGGGGCCAUGCAAUAUUUUUAUCUAGACAACCACUGACGAUUUUGCACUCCUUCGAAAUAUCAAGAUCACUCAAAACCUUUAAAACAUCUACCAAUCACUAUUUGGUCAGCAACGAAUGCUUUUAUUUGGUUAAUCCCUGUUGUGACGCCACCAAAACUACCGUUAAUGAGAUCAAAAAUUUAUCCAAGAUGGCGGACAUCUCAUUACGUACUAUAUAGUUAAAACAUGAGCAGUCGAUCUUUAUCUGAUAUACAAACUCGAACCGAAGGCGAGAGUUUGUAUAUCAGAUAAAGAUCGUUGGCGAAUGUUUUAACGUACUUAAAAAAACGACCCAUCUUACGAGUUCAUUGGCGAAGUAAUUUUAAAAAUAAGCAUUGUCUAAGCCGAGAAAAUCAAAGCUGAAGUUUAUGUAAAUCAGGACAAAUCUUUAUCCGAUUUACAAACACUGAUUAAACAUUAAUUUCUUUUGUAUUUUCCUCGUGAAUUAUUAAUGAGUUUUUUAAUUCAAGUGAAUAUAUUUCAAGAACUAAGCAAGAUAUGAAAAAUUGGUAGAAGAGUUAAUAUAUUGUUUCAAAAGUUCUUUUAAAUGGGAAAGCGAUUUACCAUGUGGGAAGUUUAUAAUGACCAAUAAAUCAAUAACAGUAAUUAUAUAUAAAAAAAUCCAUUAAAGGAUAUGGCAAUAUAAAUUAAGUUUGUCUUAUUUGAAAGAACUUUUAAAAUUAUGUAUAAACUUUCUUCACAAUUAUUCCGGUUUUCGGAAUACAUCGACUGAUUUUGAUCAAAAGCAGCGUGCAUUCCGCCAUCUAGGAUAUGCAUACAUCACAAGUAGGGCAAAAAGCGAAAUUUUUAUCUUGCAAACCACAUGUCAUCAAUACGAAACUCGAUAUUCCGAAGUCUUUUUAUACUCAAUUAGUAUUAUUUAAGAAACUUUUCGAAGAAAUUUAGUCCCACAUGAAGCCGAUGAAAAACUCAGCUAAUUAGGUCAAUUAUAAUACCAAGGUGGCGGUCUGCACCCUAUUUUUGGUCAAAAUAUUUCGAAAACCAAGCAAGGUGCGAAAACGUUGUACAGGGUCUUCAUAAAUAACUUUAAAAUACUCAUUAAUAUCAGCCAUAAUAUGUCACGUGGAGUGACUUUAUAUCCGAUAAAACUCGUCUUCAUUAGUAUUCUUUAUAUAAUUCUUCAUCCUAAUUAGUAUGAUUAUAUAAUUGUUCAUCCUAAUUAGUAUACUUUUGUAGUCGUAUUUUAAGCUAUUCAAAACACUCAACUCGUGUUUUAUCAUAUCUAAAACGCUCGGCUGCGCCUCGCGUUUUAAAUAUGAUAAAACACUCCUUCUCGUGUUUUAAAUAGUACUUCAAAAACUCAUUAAUAAUUCAUGAACCAAUUAUCCAAUCUUGAGUAAGAAAUUAGUCACGUGCAUACGUCUUUAUACCAGCUAAAGAACACUUUAACAAAAGACCAUUGUUAUGCAAACUAUAUAAAGAUUUUUAUAUAAAGUUUUUUAUAUAAAGAUUUGACUUAUUAUGCAUACGUUUUUGAAGCCAUUUAAAAAACUCGCAGGUCGUGUUUUAUUAGGUCUAAAGCCACUCGCGCUGCGCGCUCGUGGCUUUAAACCUAAUAAAACACUCCUGCUCGUUUUUUAAACAGUACUUAAAAGUUCUUUCAAAUGAGACAAAGUUAAUUUUUAUUGCCAUAUACCUUUAACGGAAAUUUAAUUUUUCCCCCUUUAUGUAGAGAAUGUCCGUCAGUAAAGGUUUCACAAAAUUCACGUGUUCAUGCACUUUGUUUAGAUAAUCGUCCACCACCAUGCCAGUCCAACCCCUGUCUUAAUGGUGGGGAAUGUAACAGAAAUGAGACUGGAGACUUUUGUACUUGCAAACAAGGAUUUACUGGCAUCAACUGUCAAGAUUAUGAAGGUCAGUGGAUUCAAAGAGGUCGCGGUUUUUACUUUAGUACCUGACUUCGUGCCGUUUUCCCAAGUGUUGAUUGGUUUCAGCAAAAAAAAUAUAUGGGUUUCCGGUUUCCCGACCCUACCUAGCUUUUGGACGUCGAAAUCCCGACCCUAAACUUUUUUAUUGGAUCAUGCUUGUAAGUGUUUCCACUUAGAGGAAAAAGUUUGUGGAAAAUUGAAAUUUGAGGCAAUAUUAGGGAAAUUUAUCUUUGGAUGUGGAAGCACUGACUAAACAAAAUGGCGUCCGCUUAUUCGGAAAAUUAAAAAAAAAGUGAAAAAAAAAAGUUAAAACUGACCUACCCUACCUAAGUUUUUAUAAGAAGAAACCGGAAACCCACAUAUUUUUUUUUUGCCUUGAUCUGUGUUAGUCAACGUUUAUUCAUAGAUCUGGUCCUUCACCGUCACGUGCGUAUUGUAUUUCUGCCAAAUCCACCAAUAGCAAUUUCCAAUUUUCCCUGUUAUUCGAGUCACGGAUAGGUAACUUUCCUAAAACAUUGCUGCUGGUUAGUUGGGCAAAAAUACAAUACACACGUGACGGUG